GAAGACAUCUCUGCUGAUGGUUUAUGCCAAGGGAGACUUUCCAGAGAAAUAUGCUCCGUCUGUGUUUGAGAAAUAUGUCACCUCCAUCUCUGUGGAAGGAAAAGUCAUACGACUAAACCUGUAUGACACUGCUGAGACCAUCCAACCGAGCCGCAACAGAGAUGAUGAGACAAGCAAUUGUGAUAACAUUUUUAGAACAAUGUACAAUUAUGUUCAAACAAUGAGGACAUUUAACAUGAAGAAAUCACAAUAAAAAGAUUUUAAAACUAAAAUGAAGAUGUACACACUGUAAAGCUGAAGUCGUAAUAGUGAAACUAGUAAACAUUUUGGCACUAAAAUAUGGACAUUAUGACGAAAAGCAUGAAGUAAAUAAGGAAACAUUUUGCAGCAAAUGAUGCAUCAGAUAGAGAACCAUGCUGGUAAGGCAUGGCAUCACACACAUACAGGUCCAACAGGUUAUUUAUCAAUAUAAGUCAUCUUUUUGUCAUGGCUGGAUGACACAGCCAUUCAGUUCAGUACUAUUUCAUCCUACAUCUGCACCGUUUUCUAAAAUGAAAUAAUUGAAGCAUUUUUACUCUUUAAAAUGUGGUUAUUGUACAGAUAAACAUUUAAAAAAAUCUAUCUAUAUGUACAUAAUUAAAAAUAUAUAUGCACUAUAAUGUUUGAAGCACCGAUUUUGAACUCUAUUCUAAUUAAUAAGACACCUAUUAUUAUUAUUAUUAUUAUUAUUAUUAUUAUUAUUAUUAUUAUUAUUAUUAUUAUUAUUAUUAUUAUUAUUAUAAAGCACUUUCUUAGUUGUUGGGAUCCUCACUGACCAUGGGAAUAAUGCUGAUUCUGAUUCUGACGUCUGGAUCAAUUGGAAACCAUCGAACAGCCCUAAAAUUACAUUGAAUUAUCCUCAAAGUAACUGCUGACCCUAUUACUAAAAGUUACUUUUUACUUAAUGUAUUACAAAUUAUAAAGCGCAUACCUCCACCAUGUCACUAAUUUUUCGCCUGUGAUGUGUAUUUUCAUCUACAUCAUUUGUGUUAAAAAUAUCCCGAGUGGCUAAAUUGGCGGCAGGUGGCAGUAGCGUUAAGCUGCUCCAUCAACACAAUCCCAGCAGUAGCUAUGAAUACAUGAGGAAACCGUUCUAAACUUAAUGUCAUGCCAGACACAUGAUUUCUUUCUGUGAGCAUUUCAGCCUUGAGCCCCCACUUUUUUAAAGCCAGUCAAGUGAGUGGAAGUCAUAGAAAUGAAUGUAAAAAUCUUGAAAACGGGCACGUCCACAUCAGCCUCGUCACUUCCAACCAGCCCUGAAAGUUUUAUUGAAAUACAUGUUAUUCAUCUUACAAACAAAUAAACAGCGUGUCUAUGUUCUGCAUGUCUUCACAUGGUUUAUGUGCUCGUACAACUCAGUAAUGUGCAUGCAAACGCCGGGAAGCACAUGACCCUCGCAAACGACUGGAUGCAAGCGCUCAUUAAAAAGUAAUGCAUAAAUGAGACAUACAACAGAAGAAAUGUUAUGAGCACAAAUUUCAUCCUAAAUUGCUUAAAUGCUUAAAUGGUUUGUGAGUUUUGAUAUCGGAUGGAGUUGGACGUUAGGCUCCUCUGCUCUUGUUCUGCGUAUAACUAUUGACAGAUACAUUGGAAGCUUAAAUGGGGUACUUUUAAUAAGUUACCAUUAUGUCUCGUAAAAUAAGUCACUUAGAAUACGUAAGAGAUAUAAGAGAUAAGAAAAAAUAACUGGUUACUUGCCUGGGAUUGGCACAGCUCUCUGCUGCCACCCUCCUCUGGAGGACAAAGUGCAGUAGAAGAUGUCUGUAUUGAAAAUAAUACCACGUGAUGCAGUGCCAAAAUUUAUACCCCUUCAAAAGAUGUUCCAAUAUUAAUAAUUUAUUCUGAGAAUCUUUCAUUAAACAAUCUAUAAUGAAAUACCAUAUUGUGAAGAUUCAAUAGCAUGGUGUUAUAUGUUGUAUGUGUUGUAUUUUUCUUCUUGUCUUUACUUGUUUUAUAAUAUUUCUGUGAACACAGUUUAAGUUGAAUUUAAGACUUCUGAUUUUUGGCCAGGUGGCCCUUGACAACAAUCAUGUUAUAUGCCAGAGGUGGGCAAUUAAAUGUCCGAAAGGGCCACAUUACAAACUGUAACAGUUGUGAGGGGCCACCAUCAAAAGAAAGACAUUGAUGACUAGAAAGCAUGACAGCAAAAUAUCCAUAAUAUAUACUUAUGUAACAAGGACAAAAUGAACCUAAAAAGAUUAAAUGUAAGUAAGGAUAUUAAGAGGUGUAAAUGAAACCUAUUGAAAUAUUUAAUUUUAUAUGCAUUUAAUUUGAAUAUAAAUCAACUUAACUAUGGACCAGACGUAUAUGAUCAAGAUAAAAAGGCAGUUUAUUUCAAAAUAUACUUUCAAUAUUCCUUCAAUGUAUUUUGAGGAACAAGAAAAACACACAACAUGGCCAAGGUAAAUAAUAUAUAUUUAUAUUUAUAUAUUUACUGCUCAAGUGGUGGCAGUGGUGACUAAAGGAGAAAGAACAAACAAAAAAAAAAACAGAAAAAAAAUUACAACAUAUCAGUUAUAGUUUUCGUCUGACGUAAAAAGGGCCACGUAAAUACAGGCGUCGGGCCUCAUGUGGCCCCUGGGCCGCACUAUGCCCAGUUCUGGUUUAUGGUAUAGACACCCACAAAAUUGAACUGCCGUCCCCGACCUUAGAUUCAGCUAAAGUUUCUCUGUCCAAUUCUAUCAGUUUCCUGCACUUUGGUUUCAUCCUGUAGUCCAAAAAUCAACAUGUGAGUUAAUAUGUGACUAAGUUGUCCAUGUUAAUGAGUAAGUGUGUGUGGACACUGUGGGCUCCGUAGUGGACUUUCAGCUGUUGAUCAAACAACAGCUGGAACUGUCUCUGGUGACCUGUGACUCCAGAUGCUGGGACAUAUGAAGAUGAGUCGACGGAAUUCAUUUCAUUACAGUUACAGGUCCCAGAGUGAGUGAAGAGAGGCUGAUUCAUGUAGUUAUGACUUAGACUUAGACUUAUGUAUGACCAGUACCGUAGUACUGUACUGACUAGCAGUUGUCAGCACAGUGCAAACAUGAUAUGGAAUAAGCGUAUGUAUUGUGCCGUGUCCUUCCCCAAACAGUACACACUCAGGGCUCUCUGUUAACUUCAAAAAUGAUUAGUCGUAAGUCAAUGUUUUGAUGUUGUCUCCCUUUAUUCUUGCUGUAAAUCAUCCUUUAAAUAUAGUUUACCUCAGGCGGAAUAGAGAUGGUUUAUCUGGCAGUGGAAAUGUGCUCGUAGAUACAAAAAGUUAAAAAAGGAUAGAAGACAAAAUUCGGGCUACGCGUCUUAUCCGUGCAGCAGUGUAUGCAUGCGUUUCAUCAGCCAAAAGGAAGUUGAUGUCAGGAUGUGGUUCAGCUCUUCACCCAGAGACUGGUAUCAUCAUCACAGUCAACGCUGCAGCAUCUUUUUCAACAAAACAUCCGUCUGAGCCUGUGCGUUUUGCCCUCCCAGGUCAGGAGGACUAUGACCGAUUGCGGCCGCUUUCAUACGUGGAGGCCAACUUGAUCUUAGUUUGUUUUGACGUCACCAACCCCACCAGCUUCGACAACGUCAUGAUAAAGUGGCAUCCAGAGGUGCGGCACUUUUGCCGGGAUAUUCCCGUCAUCCUGAUUGGCUGCAAGACUGACCUGAGGAAGGACAAGGAGUGCACUCGGAAGCUGAAGGCCAUGAAUCAGAGUCCCGUCACAUACGCUCAGGGCGUGGAGGCACAGCGGCAGAUGAAUGCACAACUCUACCUGGAAUGUUCGGCCAAGUAUCAGGAGAACGUGGAGAACGUUUUCAAAGAGGCCACCAAGACGACGCUGGCCUUCCAGAGGAAAAGGAGGAGGCACAAGCGGAGGAAAAAGUGUGUGAUUCUGUAAGGGAUCUUGCAAGAACAAGAGCCGUUUCGACUCAGACGUCUUUGAAAAAGACACACCUGUGGAAAGCUGAGAGACUCUUUUUUUUUCUUUUCUAUUUUUGUAUCAAGUACUGUCCAUAUUCAAGUAAAGAAAAAAAAACUUUUGUGGAUAAUGAAUGGUCACCAU